AACAUUUAUUUACUUUCCGCUCACUUGGAAAAUACUUUGGGUUCUGCUUCAUUAACUACCUUGCAAAUUAAGCACACCAUUUUGGGGCACUUUGAAGUUUGAUAAAAACUUGAUAAUGAGAGUUUCAUGGGGUUUUGUUGGUUUAAGAUGCUAAAAAACUUGAGCCAUUCUUGUUAUGCUUUGGCACACUUACCUAUUAUCCACUUGCCUUUUAAAAACUUGGAUUGCAUAACAAGCUCCCAUUUCCUUCUUGGAACCUCAUGUUACAUGCCUACAUCAAAUGGUUCCUGAAACUAUUGGCUCACUCUUGCACCACUGCUCCAAAACCAAAUCAUUUCGUUCUGGUCUUUCUCUUCAUGCUGCUGUUUUGAAGACUGGUAUACAGGCCAAUGUCAUUGUCUCCAACCAUGUCCUUAACAUGUAUGCAAAGUGUGGCAGUAUUAACUUUGCUCGUCAGGUAUUUGAUGAAAUGUCUGAAAAAAACCUUGUUUCUUGGUCCGCCAUGGUCUCUGGUUAUGAACAGGCUGGGGAACCUUUAUUAGCACUUGAUUUGUUUUCCCAAAUGCGCCUUGCACCCAACGAGUACAUAUUUUCCAGUGCCAUUAGUGCUUGCUCCAAUCUCAUGCUGUUAAGUGAAGGACGGCAAAUUCAUGCUCAAUCAAUCAAGGGUGGAUACGCAUCAGUAUCAUUUGUUUCUAACGCCCUUAUCUCAAUGUACAUGAAAUGUGGUCAUUCUAAGGAUGCAUUGUCAGUCUAUUCUGGUGCUUUACAACCAAAUGUUGUAUCUUACAAUGCUAUAAUUACGGGAUUCAUAGAAAACCAACAACCUGAAAAGGGUUUUGAAGUUUUUAAACAUAUGCGUCAACAAGGCCUUGCGCCAGAUCGUUUUACUUUUAUUGGAUUGCUCCGGAGUUGUGCCGACUCAAAUGCUUUACACAGCGGAAUGGUAUUGCAUUGCCAGACAAUCAAACUUGCGCUGGACUCCACCGCCUGUAUAGGUAAUGUGAUAAUGACAAUGUACUCAAAUUUUAGUUUGAUGAAAGAGGUAGAGAAGGUCUUCGAAUUAAUCCAGGAAAAGGAUGUCAUUUCCUGGAACACUUUCAUAGCUGCUUGUUCUCACUGUGAAGAUCAUGAAAAAAGUUUAAGAGCUUUCGGAGAGAUGCUUAAUGUAUACCACAUGAGACCAGAUGAUUUCACUUUUGCUGGUGCCCUUUCUGCCUCUGCUGCGCUUGCUUCAAUACUUUACGGCAAGCAGAUCCAUGGUCAUCUGAUAAGAACAAGGCUGAACCAAGACGUGGGAGUUGGUAAUUCCCUCACCAACAUGUAUGCAAAAUGCGGUUCCAUUGCAUAUGCAUAUAAAGUAUUUAACGGUAUGCCCCAUCACAAUCUCGUGUCAUGGAAUACCAUCAUUGCUGCAUUCGGAAACCAUGGGCUUGGGAGCAGAGCCCUGGAGCUUUUUGAGCAGCUAAGGGCAGUCGGACUAGAGCCAGAUUCCGUCACAUUUGUAGGGAUUCUGAUGGCAUGCAAUCAUGCUGGUAGGGUGGAUGAAGGCCUUGUUGUAUUCGAUUCUAUGCAAGAAAGGUAUGGGAUUGCUCCUGAAAUAGAACAUGUUUCGUGUCUGAUCGAUAUGCUGGGACGGGCGGGGAGAUUAAACGAGGCAGAAGCAUACAUGAGGAAAUAUCCGUAUGGAGAAGAUACAGUGGUGUUAGGGAGCCUGCUGUCUGCAUGUAGAGUGCACGGAGAUGUAGUGAUGGGGGAAAGGAUAGCUAAAGAGCUAAUGAAACGUGAAGCAGUGAGCACAUCACCUUACGUUCUGUUGUCAAACCUGUAUGCUUCAGAUGAGAAAUGGGGUAGUGUAGCAAAGGCCAGAAAGAAGUUGAAGGGUAGUGGUCUGAAGAAGGAAGCCGGGUAUAGUUUGGUUCAAGUAAAGGGUAAUUUUGAAAAAUUUACGGUUGGGGAUUUUUCUCAGACAAGGAUUGAUGAGAUGUUAGACACCCUCACAACUUUAGCUCGACUUUCUUUUCAUCUUACGAGCUCUGUUUUUCUAUAAGUGAAAGGUUUUACGCCAAUUACAAACCCUCGUUCACUAAGCUUCCGCUACUUCUUUUCCUUUUUCUUUUCAUUCGUAUAUUACAAAUUCAAAAUAAAUAUGCUUUAUUGAAGUAAGGGAAGAGGUGACAUAGUUUGAACUUGUAGUGUCUGACCAAAUAUUUCAACUAUCGUCCCAUACAAAUUAAGACAAAUAUUUUAUUGUAUAUGUGUAUAUUUAUAUUUUUACUGAUAAAUUAAGUAAAUAUAUAUUAUUUGAAAA